AUGCAGCGCUGGACCUUCCCCAGCUUUCGUCUUUCCGUCGAAUCCCAAAGCGCUUACCUCCGCCGCCUCAAAGCGUUGGAAAAAGAGAUUGACCAACUGAGAAAAGAAGGGAGGGAACUAACUAGACGAGAACACGAAAUAAAGCUUGUUGUGGAGAGGGACGAGAAGGAAGUGGAGGGGGUAAUGAUGGAGGAUCAUCAUGCGGAAGAGGAUGGUGGUGGUGGUUGGGAUGGGGGUGGGGGUGGGGGUGGUGAUGAUGGGGAUAAUGGGCAUGAGGCUACAUGGGAGCGGACCAGUGAUGAAGGUACCUUUAGGAAAGAGUCGGUUGAGAGAGAAGAGGAAGCAAAGGACUUGAAAGAGGAGCGAGAGGGAAGGGUAAGGGUUUGGCAGCUUAAAGUGGAGGAAGAGAGUCUUGAUGGGAAUAAAGACGAGGACGAAGAUAACCGCGAAGUAAAGCAGGAGGCAGAGGAUGUGGCUAACGAUUCCUUUGAAUAG